AUGGCUGACGUUUUGGAUCGUGGCAGUACUUCUGAAGAUGCAACUGGUGACACACUUAUUUUACGCUUACCGCAAUACUUCCCCACCACAGUGAAGGAAUGUACGGAGGAGACAAAUCAGUUCUUUACUUGUUUCGAGGAGCAUGCGGUAAUGAAGGAACCUACGGAUAGGAUUACAGCAAAGACUUCGUUGAUGUUUUGUCAGAAGGAAUUGCGUGGGUACAUGACGUGCAUGGAAAAACACCGCAAUGUGGAUAAGACUAAAUUCUGGUGGAAAUUCUGGUAG